AUGGCUGUGCGCGCACAAUUCGAGAAUUCCAACGAAGUUGGUGUUUUUGCUAAACUGACAAACUCGUACGCUAUUGUGGCUGUCGGUGCAUCUGAGAAUUUUUACAGUGUCUUCGAAGCAGAACUCCAGGAUGUCAUUCCUAUCUGUCGCGCCACAAUUUCCGGAACGAGGAUUGUUGGAAGGUUAACGGCUGGUAACCGCAAAGGUCUCCUUGUCCCAACGACGACAACAGAUCAGGAACUCCAACAUCUUCGCAACCAUCUCCCGGACACUGUCAAGAUCCAACGGAUAGAAGAACGUCUCUCAGCCCUAGGAAAUGUCAUUUGUUGCAAUGACCAUGUCGCACUGGUACAUCCCGAUCUGGAGCGGGAGACCGAAGAAAUAAUCGCCGAUGUCCUAGGUGUAGAAGUCUUCCGCCAAACAAUUGCCGACAACGUCCUAACAGGCUCCUACAUGGCCCUCUCGAACCAAGGCGGCGUCGUCCACCCCAAGACCUCCAUCAGGGACCAAGAUGAACUCUCCUCACUCCUCCAGGUGCCCCUCGUCGCGGGCAGUGUUAAUCGGGGCAGCCCCGUCGUGGGCGCCGGAAUGGUUGUUAACGACUGGUUAGCCGUAACGGGUAUGGAUACUACCGCUACCGAGUUGAGUGUUAUUGAAAGUGUCUUUCGCUUGGGUGAGAUGGCGCCUCGCGAUUUGGGUGCUGGUGGUAUCAAUAAGGAGAGUAUCGUGGAGAGUUUUUAUUAA